AUGGCCUACCUGGCUCACACGGCUCACGCCCAGCUCGCCGCCCUGUGGGCGGCCUGCGUGGGCUGGAUCCUGAUCUCCGUGGCCCUGGGACUCAUCCAGUGGCGGGUGUGGCUGCUGGCCGACCGGGACGUGGUCAGCUCGGGCGUGGCGUGGGUCGGGCUGUGGAGGGCUUGCUUCAACAGCCACACCGUGGUGAGCCCGGGAUUCCAGGCGAUGCACUGCAAGUACAUCGACCCGACGGAGGCCUUCGCGCCCCCAGAGAUCGUCGCAGGUCAAGUUCUCAUGCUGCUGUCUGUGCUGGUUGGGAUCUGCGGGAACGCCGGGGGGCUCUAUUCGAUGAGGAACGUGUACUUCGGGGUGGAGAGGGGCUCGGUGGGCUUCAUCGCCACAGGCGCGCUGUGUCUGCUGGCCGCCGUCAUGUCGCUCGUGCCUCUGGUGUGGAAUCUGACCUCGGUGGUGACCAACCAGACCAUCCAGUUCCCCCCGGACUUCAAACUGCCCCCGGCCCCGGCUGCGCAGUACGUGGGCUGCGGCAUCGGAGUCGGGAUGGUGGGAGCGGCUCUCAUGGUCGUCUCUGGGAUGGUCUUCUGCAGAUACAAGGCUCCGGCGCGGGCCAAACCCGGGACGCCGUGCUCUCUGGUUCCUGCCAGCAGGCCGGCGCCGACAGGCCUUUUCACGGUCCUCAAGGGGAAGGACAACCCAGUGUUCGAAUUACACGAACACCUGUGA